AUGGCCUCGAUUUCGAUCGCGCAAGACCCUCCGGGUGGCUUCCAGCAGCAGAUACUCACCGAUGCUCGUGCCGGCGACGCAACAUCCUCGAUCUACGAUCCUUCACUGAUGAGCCACGUCUCUCCAUAUCGAAAGACCCCUUAUCCGCGAUCGCUCCUUCCGAGAUCAUUACGCCACUAUCAUCUCUUCCACAACAACAAUACAGACAGCGAUAUAUCGAUCGAACCCGCCAGGGAGGGUGCUGGAGGUCAUUUGCACUCUCGCAUCAGCAAUCUCCUGCGCAGCAACGAUCGCAGGGCUGUACAAGAGUCGGAAGGACUCCCUGUGGAACCCGAACUGCCGAAGGAUGUGCGCAGAAGGUGGAAGAAGGCAUGCAAGGAGGAGAAGAAGAGACGCAGACAGCAGGAGAAGGAGGAGAAACGAGAGGAGAAACGAGAGGAGAAACGAGAGGAGAAAACGCAGGAGCGGUCGCUUAAACCGAUUGACGGAUGA